GGCAGCUCCUCGGCCCGGAGCGGCGGACUUUCUGGAAAGGGGGCUUGCUUGGGUCUGGGCUGGCUUCAACCUCGGUGACUGCUCCCGACUUCUGGCCCCUCGGAGAGGGGCGAGGGAGGAGCCCAGGGUUCCCGGCCCUGGGUUCCCGUGGUUCGAAUCUGGUCUGCUCAUUCCUCCGAAUCCCGUGGCCCGUCACUCGCUCUUAGUUGCAGAGCUUGUGGGAGAGAAGCAGCAAGAAUCCAGCCGCGAGCGACGGAGAACCGGAGCCCGAGCGCAAGAGGAAGCGCUCCCCCUCCGCAGGGUCUCACGUCCCGCUUGGCUCAUCUUGCAGAUUGGUGGGAAGAGGGGGGCACGAGGUGGAGUUAAGAGACCGGCUGGGACGGAGCCGGCGAGGAAAUCAACGGGACCGGAGAGCGCGGCGUGCAAAAUCUACGUGACAGGAGGACUUUUAUUUCUUCCCACGUGAUACCACUUUAGCGUGCAAAAAUUGGAAUAUGCUCGCAAAAUAGGUCCCUGUGUCAAGGGCCGGAGCCUCUCAGCCGGCCCCCGUCAGUGGACUGCAGCGUGGGAAAAGUUGCCACGACGUAUUUGCGGGGACUCAGGCACCCCCGGGCUCGCUGGCUAGCGGGAAAAAACCUCGCGAGAAGGCGCGCGAGUCCGUCCGGGACUGAGGUCCUGCCCCGGGGCCGGAAGCGCGCGGCUCCUCCCGGAAGUAGUGCUUCCUCGGCUGCAUGUGGCCCGCACGAUGGCGGCUCACCGCUCCGGCCCGCUGAAGCAGCAGAAUAAAGCUCAUAAAGGCGGGCGGCACAGCGGUGGUGGGUCCGCACACGUGGGCAGCAAGGGCCGUGUAGGACCGAAAGUCUUGUGCAAGAAGGCGAAGAAGCAGCUCAGCCGAGUAGACCAGAGGCAUCGUGCCAACCAGCUGCGAAAGCAGAAACGGGAGGCGGUUCUGGCAGAGAAAAGGCAGCUGGGCAGCAAGGAUGGGCCUCCUCAUCAGGUGCUCGUGGUGCCUCUGCACGACAGGAUUUCCCUCCCAGAGGCAUUUACACUACUUCAGAAUGAAGUCUUGGGAACAGUGUACGUGAAUGAAUUCGGAAGCACCCAAGGCUUUAUGCUUCUAAGCCAAGUAGUGAGGCGUCGCUGGUUUUUCACAUAUGCAAGACCAGGGGAUCUGCAUACUGUCUUAGACAUGGCGAAAGUUGCUGAUACCAUCCUGUUCCUCCUGGAUCCACUAGAGGGCUGGGACAGCACUGGGGAUUACUGUCUGUCUUGCCUCUUUGCUCAGGGCCUUCCCACCUACACGCUUGCUGUCCAGGGGUUUUCUGGCCUCCCACUAAAGAAACACAUAGAUGCCAAGAAGAAGCUAAGUAAAAUAGUGCUGAAACGCUUUUCCGAGGAUGAAGUCCUGUUGCUGGACACGCCACAGCAGGCAGCUAUGCUCCUUAGACAGUUGGCGAACCAGAAGCAGCGGCAUCUUGCUUUUCGAGAUCGGCGAGCUUACUUGUUUGCCCAUGUUGCUGACUUUGUGCCUAGUGAGGAGAGCAACUUAGUGGGCACCUUGAAAAUCUCAGGCUAUGUUCGCGGAAGGACUCUGAAUGUAAAUAGUUUGCUACAUAUUGUUGGACAUGGUGAUUUCCAAAUGAAUCAGAUAGAUGCCCCUGUGGACCCCUUCCCUUUAAAUCCUAAAGUGAUUCAGUCCCAGAAGAAACCGAACAUGGCAAUGGAGAUUUGUACUACAGAUGCUGUAGCUGACAUGGAAGAAGACCUUAAGGUUCUGAUGAAAGCAGACCCUGAUCAACAGGAAACUUUACAAACAGAGGUUUUUCCAGAUCCAAUGGAAGGGGAGCAAACCUGGCCUACUGAGGAGGAACUGGAUGAGGCAAAUGACUUACUGAAGCAACGUUCCAGGGUGGUAAAGAAGGUCCCUAAAGGAACGUCCAGUUACCAGGCUGAAUGGAUUUUGGACGAAGGUGAUGAGAGUGGUGAGGAAGGCGAUGAGUAUGAUGAUCUGCAACAUGAAGGUUUUAUGGAAGAGGAGUCUCAGGAUGAGAGUGGUGAGGAGGAAGAGGAGGAAUGUGAAACUAUGACUCUAGGGGAGUCUGUGCGUGAUGAUCUCUAUGACGAGAAAGUAGAUGAAGAGGCUGAGGAGAGAAUGUUGGAGAAAUAUAAACAAGAAAGAUUGGAAGAGAUGUUUCCAGAUGAAAUUGAUACUCCCCGUGAUGUGGCUGCUAGAAUUCGAUUUCAGAAAUAUAGAGGCCUCAAGAGCUUCAGGACAUCUCCUUGGGACCCUAAGGAAAACCUUCCUCGAGAUUAUGCUCGGAUCUUUCAGUUUCAGAAUUUUAUUAAUACUAGAAAAAGAAUCUUUAAACAGAUUGAGGAAAAAGAAGCCGAAGGAGCUGAGGUUGGCUGGUAUGUCACACUCCAUGUCUCUGAUGUCCCUGUCUCAGUGGUUAAGUAUUUCAGGCAAGGAGCGCCCUUGAUUGCAUUUUCUUUACUACCGUAUGAACAGAAGAUGUCAGUAUUGAACAUGGUGGUGAGUCGGAACCCUGGCAACACAGAACCCGUGAAGGCCAAGGAAGAAUUGAUUUUCCAUUGUGGAUUCAGGCGCUUCCGAGCCUCACCUUUAUUCUCUCAGCACACAGCAGCUGAUAAACAUAAAUUUCAGAGAUUCUUGACUGCUGAUGCGGCCCUAGUGGUGACAGUGUUUGCGCCAAUCACUUUUCCUCCUGCAUCUGUGCUACUUUUCAAGCAGAGAAGCAAUGGAAUGCACAGCCUCAUUGCUACAGGUCAUCUGUUAUCAGUGGAUCCAGACAGGAUGGUCAUCAAGAGAGUUGUUCUGAGUGGCCAUCCUUUCAAAAUUUUUACUAAGAUGGCAGUAGUUCGCUACAUGUUCUUCAACAGAGAGGACGUGAUGUGGUUUAAGCCUGUGGAACUGAGAACCAAGUGGGGCCGCAGGGGACACAUCAAGGAGCCUCUAGGUACCCAUGGCCAUAUGAAGUGCAGUUUUGAUGGGAAGCUAAAAUCUCAGGAUACAGUAUUAAUGAACCUCUAUAAGCGAGUUUUCCCCAAAUGGACUUAUGAUCCAUAUGUACCAGAACCAGUACCAUGGGUGAAAAGUGAGAUCUCCUCAACAGCCUCUGAAGUGGACAUGGAGUAAUGGAGUCAGUGUGAUUCUGUCUCUACUGCGGUCAGGACUGUGGGUGGGAGUCUGGCUUGUGACUAGGCAGUUUGUGCUUUUCUGUGUCAGCUGCUCAUGUCUCCACUGAGUGGGGUUUACACUGUUUCUUGGUCUCCAAAUUCUAACUCUUACUGAAAUACUCCAUUAGGAUUUUGAAAACAAUUAUAAAAAGCAAAGACGGAAAACAAUUUUCAUCUAGAGACAACCUCUCCCUCAUGAAUUUAAACAGAAAUAGUCUGGAAAGGAGCUGGCCUUUCAGCCUGCUUCACCCAGCUUAGGGAGGUUAAGUCUACAUUCCCACCACUGAGUACAAUACAGAUGUUCUUCACUUCUGGAGAGACUGUCUGGAAAUGCUGCGACAGCACUGCGGCCAGUCCGACGCCAGCGGUGGGUUCAAUGAGCAGUUUCAUCCUCUCCCACACCAGUUGGGUUGCAUACUGUUGGUACAGAGAGGAGGAAGGAUGAUUGGAACAAAUAGCGCUGGACACCAAAUGAAAUAGAUGUUUGGGUUUGUUGCGAUGAGUAUGUGCUUGCUAAUAAAGUAUGCAUAUAGAACUUGGGGGCCUAGCUCUGCUACUGUCCGGGUGCCCAUGUGCCACCGGUCACCUGGUUGAUUAUCUGUUCAUAAUAGUUUCUUUUGCCUACGAAGUUAGACUUGCUGUUUUUCUCCUCCCAGUCUUACCUUGAUUUCGUCCUCUGUGACAGUGAAGACAUCGUCUACAAGGUCUCUGAUAAUAGGCCAGGUGUUUAAGCCAAUGCUCGACUUGACACCAUCUGCUAUGGUCUCUGGAGGAUGAGGAUUGGGAGUCAGCUCCCCUUUCAGUUUGGACUGGUAGCAGUCAUCUGCAUUCAAGGGUUCGGCAGCAUAUACCUUCACAUUGGGUUUCAGGGCCUGUGAAGAGGAACAGAGGCUGUAUACCGACUGGCAGCCUUUGCCUGCAGACCUAAAGGAGGCAUAAUGUACAACACAUGUUUUUUGUGUUACAGAAGGGUCUUUCCUUAUAUAUGGAAAUGGAAAUCGGACCUUGAAGCAUUUUAAUAAAAGUAUCUGAUAAGUGA